AUUCUACACACUUGCAUUAUGUGACUGGUGGGGCUUUAUCUUAUCUUUUCUCUCUGAGAUGUGAUUUGUUUAAUGGUGUUUAACCAAAAUGGUUGCGUGAUGGAACCAAAUAAGCAUCUUUCUUCACCCUUAUACUGUAUUUUCUUAAUUCAGUAAUUUGUUGACAUUGUUCGUCCAAAUCAAUAAAAUACUUCAACGCAAAUCCCAAAAUGCUACUCCAUUGAUCUGAUACAUCAAUUCCCUUAUCAAAGAACGGUCCUUUUUCUAGAAAAGAUGGAGUCUUUGGGUCUUGUGAACUGCCAAAUAGAAGAGUUUAGAAGGCGUCUGGCAAGAACUAGUGAAGGACAAUAUGUAAUUAUCCCCAAAACUCGUGGUUUGAUUUGCAAUAAGCCUACACCUCAGGGGGGAGUUAGUGUAGGGAGACCAAAAAGCAUCUUUUGAGUUUUGACAACUUAUCCAGUAUUCACAGUUAGUUUGAAAAAGAAACUGUCGCCUUGAUUUCAAUUUAUGAUUUUUUUAUGGCGGUGGAAAAGAAUCUGCAGUUGUUUAUUCAUUAUUGCUGGCGGCAGUUCUCAGUCAAUUUCAUUGUUUCAUUUGAUAGUGAGAUUCAGAUUCAGGGCUCUUGCAAUUUUUUUUUGUUUUGUUUCAGAAAUAUCUUAUGUGGUUUCAUUCCAAUGUUUAACCAAAAAGGGCAAGAACAUCCUUUUAUGAAUGAUUAGUUCAAUUAAAAACAUGGGAAAGUUUCAGAUUCUCAGACUGAUGCAUAGUUUCAGAAGCCAGAGAUUGCUGUCUGCGGUUGCAGUCCUAAUUUUACUUGCAAAUCUGUGUCAGUUUCUUCUGGUAAUCCCCUUUGGAAACUAUACCUUAAGUCCUCCAUUUCAUGUAAAUAUCAACAGUAUCAUUCUUAUGUCACUGGGAAAUUCUGAGCUUUCAAGUAAUGAAUCACAAUCCACCAGUAUUGAUUCUGUUGAUUCUGCUUUGGAUGAAGAAGCUCGGUCAGAAGAAGUUACAUCUGGCAGGGAAUUAUCUACUGAUGAAGUUCCAAAUGUGGGGACAAGUAACAGAACAGAAUACAAAGCUGUACAGGAGGGUUUAAAAACCGAAUUCGGGUCAGUGGAGCAGAGAAGAAAUCAGAAGACAUUCAUGGGGAAUGAUUCUGGAGAAAUCAGAAAUGGAGUUCAUUCGGUGUCCAAUUAUCUAACUUCCGGUUUGCUUUUACCAAAACAUCGAUCAGCUGAAAGUAAGGAAAAAGUCAAGAAGAAGAGCAACAAAGUUAUUAUUCCAAUCUCUAAGAUGAAAGCCUCAAUGCUGCAAGGUUCUUCCUCCUCUAAUUCAGAGAGGCCAAAACAGCUUUCUGUGCUUGAUAAGAAGCUUUUAAAUGCGAGAAUUCAGAUUGAAGAUGCUCCUAUCAUAAGAGAUGCUCCCAAAAUUUAUGCAUCUCUUUUUCGAAACUAUUCAACCUUCAUAAGAAGCUAUGAAUUAAUGGAACAGAUGCUGAGAGUUUAUAUUUACAAGGAGGGGCAAAAGCCUAUAUUCCAUUACCCUUAUCUUGGAGGAGUCUAUACUUCUGAAGGGUGGUUCAUGGAACUGCUGGAAAGAAAUAAGCAAUAUGUUGUUCGCGAUCCCAGAAAGGCGCAUUUGUUUUAUUUACCCUUUAGCUCGCGAAGGCUUAGGAGUGUGUGUUAUGACCAGCAUAUUCCUUAUUAUGGUGAUGUGGAGAUUCAUCUUGAGAACUACGUUCAAAGCAUUGCUACAAAGUACAACUUCUGGAACAGAACAAAAGGAGCUGAUCAUUUUCUUGUUGCUUGCCAUGAUUGGGCUCUAAACUUCACGAGGAAAAGCUUGAAAGGUUGCAUCAGAGCUGUUUGCAAUGCGAAUCCUAUUCAAGGUUUUGAAAUAGGGAAGGAUAUCUCGCUGCCCUCAACCAUGGUUCGUGGAGCGAAUCCUUUGGAGGAUAUUGGAGGUAUUCACCCUUCAGAGAGGCAUAUUUUAGCUUUCUUUGCCGGGAAGAUGCAUGGUAGAGUUCGUCGGAUCUUGCUGAAACACUGGUACAACAAAACUACAGAUAUGAUGAUUUUUGGGCCAUUAGGUCAUGAUGACAGAGGUGCAGCAAGAUACAGGGAGUUCAUGAAAAGCAGCAAGUAUUGCAUUUGUGCAAGGGGAAAUAACGUGUAUAGCCCGCGAGUGAUCGAAUCCAUAAAUCAUGAAUGUGUUCCUGUGAUCAUAUCAGAUAAUUAUGUGCCCCCUCUAUUUGAUAUUUUUGAAUGGGAAUCAUUUGCAGUUUUUGUUCCGGAGGAAGAUAUACCAAACUUGAGGAAUAUACUACUGUCUAUACCUGAAAGCAAGUAUAUUGAGAUGCACAAUAGGGUAAAGUUGGUGCAAAAGCAUUUUCUUUGGCACAAAAACCCUGUGAAGUAUGACAUAUUUCAUAUGAUCCUCCACUCCAUCUGGCACAGAAGAGUUUUCCAGGUAUAAGCAUGAGUGAAGUUCACAGGAAGCAAAAGAUACUAAUCAUAAGAUUUGCAGGUCAAGUAUUAGUAGGUGAUGAAUUAGCAUUUAAAAGGAGGGGGGAAUAUGGUCAAUAUUUUUGUUUCCAGCCGUCUGAUCCUUCAGGAGUACAUUGUGAAGAUGAUCAGGGUGUGUAUACAGAAAUUUAUGCUAGACCUCUUUGUACACAAUGUCCAUCCAUUCAUGUGGUUCCAUACAGAAGUUCAUGAUUCUUGUAAAGUCACUCCAUUUUUUAUGUAGAUAAAACUUCUGCAGAAUGCAGAGAGAUACUUAUUAACUUUUUUCUUUAAUACAAAGGAUUUGUUUUAAGCCUUUUUCUGUACUGUUAUAGACCACAUUUUAGUAUGAUCCAAAACGUUGACAAAAGUAUGGUUCUUUACAGUUUUUCAGAAGAACUUGCAACCAUUAGAAGUUCUCCUUAAAACAAGGUAAAUGACAAGGAGUUUGGGGCAUACUGGAAAGUCUCUCUUUCAACAGAUCUUCUAAAAGAAGUGAUAACUCCUGCAUUUAUACUGCAAAUGCAGCCCUAUGUACCUGGAAGAAGAACAUCCGUGAUUAACUUCUUGUUAUUUCCUAGUGUUAUUUCCUGGUACUCUACAUCAGUUGGUUCAUUACUUUAGCCUCUAGACUACCAACUCAGUGAUUAGCAUAAUGCCUUAUAUCUAUGUCAUUCAUUCUGCGGUAUUGUACUUACUGCCAUAAAUUAGCAUUCUUAAUUUCAUAGUUUUAAUAACGAGCAGAAUGAAGCUGGUUGUGGUUUCCUGCUAAAAUAUUAGUAUGCGUGUUUUGAUGUUUUUUUUCUUUUUGCCUUUGGAGCCACAAGAGAAGUAG